AUGGCCGAGCCACUGACAUUGUUUUGGGUGCCGGGUGGCUGUGGCGUGCUGCGUCUCGCUGCGCGGCUGUGGCGCGGGACCCUCUCCCGCAGAACGAGACCCACUGCAGGGACGACGCCCCAGCUUCCCCCGCUGGCGAUGCGGCGGCCUUCCUCGGGCUCGCCGCCGGGCCUGGUCCCGGGCUCCGCGUGCGGCUGGCACGGGCAGGAGGAGGAGCGGGCCGAGGGCGGAGCGGACGAGGGGCGUCCCGAGUCGGGCGCUGCAGAUCACACUAGGGCCAAGUUUGACCUCGAUAUGCUGGUUUCACUUCUGAGGCAAGAAAACGCCAGAGGCAUUUGUGUCAUCAGCGUUCCUCCCAAGAUGAAAUAUACAGAUUAUUUUGUGAUUGGGAGGGGCACCUCGACCCGACAUUUGCACGCCACCCACUACCUUGUGAAAAUGCAUAAGUUCUCGAAGUGUCAAAAGGACCCUUACGUUAAGAUAGAGGGGAAGGACACCGAGGACUGGCUCUGCAUGGACUUCGGCAGCACGGUGCUCCACUUGAUGCUUACAGAAACCAGAGAAACCUACGAAUUAGAGAAGCUAUGGACCCUACGCUCUUAUGAUGACCAGUUAGCUCAGAUCGCACCUGAGACGUUACCUGAAGACUUCAUUCUUGGAUUAGAAGACGAUGCUUCAUCCCUGACUCCAGUGGAGUUCAAAUGUGAAUAAAAUGAUAUGAACUGU